AUGAGGCCAGUUGGGAUUCUUGACGUUGCACUUCUUCUUUUGUUCUCUGCAAUUAUUAGUUUGAUUCUCUUCUUCUCCUUCUCUAUGUCCCCAUCAGUUUCCCAAGAUCAGAGUUUUCUUGGUUCUACUUACGAAUUGAUCAUGAAGGCUAAAUCGAGUCCUGUGUUUGUGUUCUUUGCCUGCAACUUGAUUGUUGUUGCCAUCUUUUUGGAAAGCUCGACGUCGUCUUACCGGGAUUUUGAUUGGUUUCAUGAGUCUCUCUCUUCGCUCGAUCAUGUGGAGGAGGAGGAGGAGGAGGAGGAGAAAGGGGAAGCCACCAAAGAGGACGACGAUGAUGAGGAUGAGGAUGAGGAUGAAGAAUUUCAUGGUUAUGAUGGUUAUGAAGAGGAUAAUGAUGAUGAUGGAGAUGAUGAUGGUGAGUUGGAGAAGAGAAUUGAAGAAUUUAUAGCGAAGAUCAAUGGGGCAUGGAGAGCGGAAUGGUUGAUGGAGAUGAAGCUUCCAACAUGA